AUGCGCCGCAACAACCCACCCGUUCUACUGCCUCGCAAGCUGGUAAUAGGACUCCCAACUACCCUGCGCCUUCGUCUGUCCAAACCGCGUGUUCCGGAUGUUCCGGAUAAUGACGAGAAUCCAACUGAUGAUGAGAAGGACGAUAAGGAGGAGGAGGAGGAGGAGGAGGAGGAGGAGACACAGUCAGAAGAUCCUCGAUUUCUGCGAACACCUACCCCUGAGCCUGAGAUCUCAUUCAGCUAUAAUCAAUGUGAUUGUGAUGAAAUAUAUGAUGGAAGGAAUGGGAGGCAUGGGAGGACUGAAUUCAAACUUGUCAUCGAAUUCAAACUUGCCAUCAAAUUCAAACUUGCCAUCGAAUCCGAACCUGCCAUCGAAUCCGAACCUGCCAUCGAAUCCGAACUUGCCAUCGAAUCCGAACCUGCCAUUGAAUCCGAACCUGCCAUCGAAUCCGAACCUGCCUCCUAUUCGAAGUAG